CGACUAUAAAGUGACGGAUUCGCUGAUAACGAUGUUAUUGUCUGAACGCAGAUUAGGUCCCAAAUUGUACGGUGUGUUCGCCGGCGGACGGCUCGAGGAGUAUAUUCCGUCCCGAAACAUGACAUUCCCUGAGUUUAAGGACCCGGUGUUUGGGAAAGCUAUCGCCAGGAAAUUUGCUGUCAUUCACAGGCUGGAUGUGCCCAUCAAUAAGCACCCGAACUGGUUGUUGGAUACCCUGGACCUGUGGGCGCAGACAGCUAUCGACUACCACACGGACCCAAACAACUCACUAAACAUACAAAACCCUAAACUGGAGACCGAUUUAUACGCCUUUGACUACAAAUCUGAGUUAAAAUGGUUGAGACAACUGCUCACAACAUGCGGAUCCCCUCCAGUCUUCUCCCAUAACGACCUCUCGGAGACCAAUGUCUUGAUUCCGGACGACAGCACCGCCUACGCGGACGGCAUAGUGUUCAUCGACUUCGAGUGGGCCCACUAUAACUACCGGGGCUUUGAUAUCGCCAACUAUUUCACUAAAUUCAUGUUUGACUUCUCGACGCCGGAGUACCCGAGGGUUCGGUGCGAUCACAACGCCUAUCCCAAUGACUACGAGAAACGGGUGUUUAUUAGGGAAUACAUCAAACACUCAAAGGGUUUGACUUGUGAUAAGCAAACCGAGGAUCAAAUGGUGAAAGAGGCCGACUAUUUCGCACUGUCAGCUCACCUAUUGUGGGCCCUUUGGUGUCUCAAUAAAUGCCAUUCCUCUGGAGUGCAAACAUUUGGGUUCAACACAUUGGAAAGGUUAUCGGGGUAUGUCCACAACAAAGAUUACCUGAUGGCAACUGCCCAGUUGUAUGCCAUUCCUUACACACAGUUUGCAGCGCUUGUAACUAAAAGACUAUUUCAUUGA